CGUAGCGGGUGCGUUACCUCGCUACUCACUAUAAAAGGACUUCACGUCCGCGGCGCUGCUCACUGCACUGCACUGCUCACCACCACCACCGGGCGAGAGAGAGCGAUCGAGGGCGAGGAGGGAAGAUGCAGAUCUUCGUCAAGACGCUGACGGGCAAGACGAUCACGCUCGAGGUCGAGAGCAGGGACACCAUCGACAACGUCAAGGCCAAGAUCCAGGACAAGGAAGGUAUCACCCCGGACCAGCAGCGUCUCAUCUUUUCGGGGAAGCAGCUGGAGGAUGGCCGCACCAUGGCCAAAUACAACAUCCAGAAAGAGUCCACGCUUCACCUGGUGCUGCGCCUCUUUGGCGGGGGCAGAGGCUGGUACCCCAGGAUCGACCCCAACCUCCGGAUCCUUGCUCUGAAGCACAAUGAGAACAAGAUGGUCUGCCGAAAGUGCUUUGCACGCCUGCCCGUCAGGUCCAUCAACUGCCGCAAGAAGAAGUGCGGCCACAGCAACCAGGUGAGGCCAAAGAAAAAGUUUGCCUCCAAGCAUGGUUGGUGAAUGAACAUUUGAAAUGAUGACGCCCAUCAGCUGAAUCAACUGCAUUUGUGUCGCAUCUCAUAGUUUUGCUUCUUGAUGUUGAGACUUUAAUUACUCUUGUCAAUAAUUAAUGGUAGCUCGAGCUUUCUGCAUGACAGUGGAAUGUUUGAUAAAUGUUGUUGGAAGAUCCCACCAAAUACUGGAACUUGACCACUCUUCUCAAAUGUUAGAAAUAUUAUUGGUUUCCUGAUGAACCA